CUAUAAAGGACGCUUCAUCUCAGACCGUCUCUCCCCGUUUGGUACGGUUCCUGAAGAGAGAAACUUCUGAGGUUCACCAUGUCCGCCUCCUCCUACAGAAAGCGCUUCGGAGACGCGGGCCGGAGCAGCUCGUUCUCCAGCCGCCAGACCCCCAGCUCCGCGCGCUCUCGGGCGCCUUUCGGCGUUUCCUCGGCUCCGGUCGUUUACGCGUCGAGGAGCUCCAGAGUCCGAAGCAGCGCGGCGAUGCCCCGACUGGCCUCCGAGACCCUGGACUUCAACCUCUCGGACGCCCUGAACGCGGAAUUCAAGGUCAACCGGCUGAACGAAAAGGCGCAGAUGCAGUCUCUGAACGACCGCUUCGCCAGUUACAUCGAGAAGGUGCGCUUCCUGGAGCAGCAGAACAAGAUCCUGUGCGCGGAGCUGGAGCAGCUGCGGGGCCAGAGGUCGUCGCGCGUCACGGAUCUGUACGAGGAGGAGAUGCGCGACCUGAGGAGGCAGGUGGACCAGCUCACCACGGAGAAAGCGCGCGUGGAAGUGACGCGAGACAACCUGGCAGACGAUUUAGAGCGGCUCAGAGAGAAACUGCAGGAUGAGAUUCUUCAGAGGGAAGAUGCCGAGAGCAGCAUGAGGAGUUACAGACAGGACGUGGAUAACGCUGCUCUUGCUCGAGUGGAUCUUGAGAGGAAGGUGGAGUCUCUUCAGGAUGAACUCAUCUUCCUCAAAAAGCUCCAUGAUGAGGAGCUGGCUGAGCUGCAGGCGCAGGUCCAGGGCCAGCAGGUGCAGGUGGAUAUGGACAUGGCCAAACCUGAUCUGACAGCCGCUCUGAGAGACGUCAGACUGCAGUACGAGAACCUGGCAACCAAAAACAUCCAGGAGUCGGAGGAUUGGUACAAAUCCAAGUUUACCGACAUGACGGAAGCGGCUAACAAGAGCAAUGAAGCUCUCCGACUGGCCAAGCAGGAGGCUAACGAGUACCGGCGUCAGGUACAGGCGCUCACCUGCGAGGUGGACGCGCUCAAGGGAUCCAAUGAGUCUCUAGAGCGCCAGAUGAGGGAGAUGGAGGAGAACUUUGCAAUGGAGUCGUCGGGUUCCCACGACAAUAUCGAUCGGCUGGAGGAGGACAUACGCAACAUGAAGGACGAGAUGGCAAAACAUCUGAGGGAGUAUCAGGAUCUCCUCAACGUUAAGAUGGCCCUGGACAUCGAGAUCGCCACCUACAGGAAACUUCUGGAGGGGGAGGAGAGCAGAAUUUCAACCCCUCUUCCAAACUUCUCCUCCUUCAGCCUGAGAGAAACAAUGCUGGAGUCCAAGCCUGCCAGCGAAAAUACAUUUACUAAGAAAGUUCUUAUUAAGACCAUUGAGACCAGAGAUGGACAGGUGAUCAAUGAGUCCACUCAGAACCACGACGACCUGGAGUGAUGAAGGAAAUCUCCUGCUGUUAUCGUCGCUGCGAGCAACCGACCGCAGCACCUUUCUGCAUCCCAACUAUCACCUAAGUCUGCUGUGAACGACCCACAAUAAUCUGCUUCAAAGUGCCUUUACAACCUCCGAAAGUAUUUGAGCCCGUAGAGGAAAUGUAGCGAUAACGCACAAGCACGGAAACAGCAUGACCUUUAGCGUACUGUGAAUCUUUCUUUGCUGCCUAAGCCUGCGUUUAUCUUCUAAAUAGCAUUUCUGAGCCAACUUCAAUGCGUUUAAGCAAAAUGCUACGGUAAAAACAUUCAAAGAAGGGUUUGUGUUCAUAAAGAAACUCACACUUUGUCUGAAUGUUCUUCCUUGGGCUGCUGUUAUUAUCAUUGUGGUAAAUCUGCAAAAACAAAGUAAAACGGUAAAAA